UUCACCUAUGGUCAAUCAUCAUUGUUUUUCUGCAGAUUUUCAACUACCCUAUUUGCAAGUUUUUUUUUUUUCUUUUGGUUUUGGUCCAUGAAUGUUCAUGGUCUUGUUUGAAAGAAGGAUAAAAUCUCAAGACCAUGAAAUAUUAAGGCACCUUACCAUUGACAAUGCCAUGGUUCAUUCACAGAAUUCAAUUAGAGUUAGUUGUUUUAUGUUCUUUCUAGGAUUUUUGAUUUGUAGAGCUUCAUCAUUUGACCAAUAUGAGAGGAGUUAUUAAACCCCAUGCUUUGCUUUUUCUUCUUGUUGUUUUGAGUUUGUUUCCUUUUGCACGGUCUGUGGAUGGGGAUGAUUACAGUCAAACAAAAAACCCUGCCUACCUUCCCCUUGUAACAGACCUCAUCUAUAAACGGCUUUCCAAUCUUACUGUAAUAUUAAGCAAUGAUAUCAGUCAUAAUAUGAGAUUCUGCAUAAAGGAUGCUGGUGAAUUGAUGCAUGUCUUCUUUCUUUUCAGGGAAGCUGAUUGGAAUGGAGCAUUUAAUUUUUCAAGAAAUUUGGAUUUCUUGAGUAAUUGUGUCAAGAAGACAAAAGGAGAUCUCACCCAGAGACUAUGUACAGCAGCAGAAAUAAAAUUUUACUUCAGUAGUUUAUUUGCAAAGGGGACAGGAGCUACCAAUUAUGUAAAACCAAACAAGAACUGCAAUUUGACAUCUUGGGUCUCUGGAUGUGAACCGGGAUGGGGUUGUAAUGCUGACGAAAACCAGCAUGUUGAACUCAAAAAUUCAACUUACAUGCCUUCCAGGACUCAAAACUGUCAACCUUGUUGUGAAGGAUUCUUUUGCCCUAGGGGUCUUGCUUGCAUGAUACCAUGCCCUUUAGGCUCUUAUUGCCCGCUUGCAAAGCUGAAUACAUCAACUGGAGUUUGUGACCCAUAUAAUUACCAAAUUCCUCCUGGACAGCCAAAUCACAGUUGUGGUGGUGCAGAUAGUUGGGCUGAUGUUGCAAGUAGUAGUGAGAUUUUCUGUUCACCAGGAUCAUACUGCCCUUCUACCAUAACUAAAGUUACUUGCAGUACUGGACAUUACUGCAGAAUGGGUUCCACUUCUCAACUGUCUUGCUUCAAGUUAACUACCUGCAAUCCAAAUACUUCCAACCAGAAUAUUCACGGUUAUGGAGUUAUGAUUUUUGUUGGAAUGAGUCUUCUGCUGCUCAUUAUUUAUAAUUGCUCUGAUCAAGUUCUUAGUACUCGGGAAAGAAGACAGGCUAAAUCCAGAGAGGCAGCGGCAAGACAUGCACGUGAAACUGCACAAGCACGUGAAAGAUGGAAAGCAGCAAAAGAUAUUGCCAAGAAGGGGGGUUGGCAGCAACAGCUUUCACGGACAUUUUCUCGGGCAAAAUCACAUAAGCGAACUGAACAGCAGAAGAUGUUCGGUAUAGGUAAAUCUGUUAAAGUUGAUACUCAGUUGCCACCAGCACCACCUAGGGUGUCUGAGCAAUCAUCUACAGAUUCAAAGGCAAAGAAAAAGGAACCAAGCAGCCUCACAAAGAUGUUGCAUUCGCUUGAAGAGGAUCCCAAAAGUCAUGAAGGUUUUAAUCUGAAUAUUGGAGAUAAAAAUAUAAAAAAACAAGCACCAAAGGGUAAACAAUUGCAUACUCAGAGUCAAAUUUUUAAGUAUGCGUAUGGUCAAAUUGAGAAGGAGAAAGCACAACAGAACAAGAACUUGACCUUCUCAGGAAUAAUUUCAAUGGCUACGGAUAAUGAUAUCAGGACCAGGCCUGUGAUUGAGAUUUAUUUUAAGGAUCUAACCCUAGCUUUAAAGAGGAAACACAAACAUUUGCUCAGGUGUGUCACUGGGAAACUCAUGCCAGGUCGAGUGUCUGCAGUUAUGGGCCCAUCAGGAGCUGGGAAAACUACAUUUCUCUCUGCUUUGACAGGAAAAACUGCUGCUGGAUGCAAUGUAACAGGUUUAAUUCUUGUGAAUGGAAAAAAUGAACCUAUCCAAUCAUAUAAGAAAAUUAUUGGAUAUGUACCGCAAGAUGAUAUAGUGCAUGGAAACUUGACAGUAGAGGAGAAUCUUCGGUUCAGCGCUAGGUGCAGACUAUCUGCUGACAUGGCAAAACCCGAUAAAGUUUUGGUUAUUGAAAGGGUUAUUGAGUCCUUGGGACUACAGGCAGUAAGGGAUUCACUUGUUGGGACAGUGGAGAAGCGAGGGAUCUCUGGAGGCCAGAGAAAACGUGUAAAUGUUGGACUAGAGAUGGUUAUGGAACCUUCUCUAUUGAUCUUGGAUGAGCCUACUACUGGUUUAGACAGUUCAUCAUCACAAUUGCUCCUUCGAGCACUUCGACGUGAAGCUCUUGAAGGAGUAAAUAUCUGUAUGGUACUUCACCAGCCAAGCUAUACCUUGUUCAAGAUGUUUGAUGAUUUAAUACUUCUAGCCAAAGGUGGUCUCAUUGCGUAUCAUGGAUCUGUGAAGAAAGUUGAAGAAUACUUUGCUGGCAUGGGGAUCAAUGUACCAGAGCGUGUCAAUCCUCCGGACCACUUAAUUGACAUUCUGGAAGGUAUUGUGAAGCCCACUGGAGUGACUCGUGAACAGCUUCCUAUCAGAUGGAUGCUGCACAAUGGCUACCCAAUACCCGCAGAUAUGCUUGAUUUGGUUGAUGAACUUUCUACAGCCUCUGGCUCAAACCCAAAUAUUUCUGGUGCUGCUGCUGUUGGACAAUCAUUUGCUGGAGACCGGUGGGAGGAUGUAAAGAGUAGUGAUGAAGUAAAGCAUGACCGUUACUCAAAAUCUCAUGACUUGUCGAACAGAAGAACGCCGGGUAUACUUCGCCAGUACAGAUACUUCCUUGGCAGGUCUACUAAACAGCGACUGCGAGAAGCUCAGAUGCAAGCAGUUGAUCUAAUGAUUCUACUACUUGCCGGAGCCUGCUUAGGGACACUUGCUAAAGUGAACGAUGAAACAUUUGGCUCCCUUGGCUACACAUAUACAGUCAUUGCUAUUUCACUAUUAUGCAAGAUCGCAGCAUUGAGAUCAUUUUCUCUGGAUAAAUUACAAUAUCAAAGGGAGAGCGCAGCUGGGAUCAGCAGUCUAGCUUAUUUUCUAUCGAAAGAUACGGUUGAUCAGUUCAAUACAAUUAUCAAACCAGUGGCAUAUUUAUCCAUGUUCUAUUUCUUCAACAAUCCCAGAUCAACCUUUCAAGAUAACUACAUUGUCUUGCUUUGCCUAGUUUACUGUGUUACAGGCAUUGCUUACAUAUUGGCCAUUUUCUUUGCACCUAGUGUUGCCCAACUGUGGGCAGUGCUUCUUCCUGUUGUUUUGACUCUAGUUGCAAACCAGGAUAAAGAUAGUGCAAUUGUGAAAUAUUUUGGGAAUUUUUGCUAUACAAAGUGGGCUCUAGAAGCUUUUGUCAUUGCAAAUGCCCAAAGGUACUCUGGAGUGUGGCUGAUAACUCGUUGUGGUUCGUUGAAGCAAGGCGGUUAUGAUCUUCAUGACUGGAAUCUAUGUCUAAUCAUCCUUGUUAUCAAUGGCAUCAUUGCUCGCAUCAUAGCCUUUUUUAUACUUAUAACCUUCAGAAAGAAAUGA